UUAUUAUAUUCGCAGAACGCCUCACUGCUUCAGGGUUGGGUUGCCGACGUUUGUUAAUUCAACCGAUACCUUUCCUAGUGGGCAAGUACACUUCUAGAUACACAUCGUCUAAAAAUGACUCCACUGCACUGUGCGGCCUCCUGUAACAAUGUGCAGGUGUGUAAGUUCCUGGUGGAGUCCGGGGCUGCUGUGUUAGCCACCACCUACAGUGACAUGCAGACAGCGGCAGACAAGUGCGAGGUGAUGGAGGAGGGCUACGCACAGUGCUCCCUGUUCCUCUACGGUGUACGGGAGAAGAUGGGCAUCAUGAACCGUGGGGUGGUGUACGCCCUGUGGGACUACGACGCUGAGGACGAUGACGAGCUGGACUUCCUGGAAGGCGACUGCAUGACGGUGCUGCGGUGCAAGGACAAGGACGAAGAGUGGUGGUGGGGCCGCUGCGGAGGCCGAGAGGGCUACAUUCCAAGAAACCUGCUAGGGCUGUAUCUGAGGAUCAAGCCACGGCAGAGGAGCUUGGCUUAAAUUAUAUCAGCUCACGUUCCACCCUACUCGCUGAAAACUACUCCGACUCGAAGUUCACGAAGAAGUUACUUUUUGAAAGGCGAAUGAAGAACCUAAAAGUCCAGUGCUUACAUUUCACACUUCUGGUCUUUUGGAUGUUAAAGUCAAGCAUUCCACUUCAAGCUUUUGGACCUGUCUGUGAAAGACCCAUAUCAUGCUAAAGGGUUUUCAACCUAUGUAUGGAUAAUAUUCACAUGGUCAUGCUGUUUCCUUUUCACUGCAGGAAUGUAUACACCGCGCAACACCGCGCAACAUUUGUAAUGGAGACUUCUGAACAGUGUUUUUUUUUUUUUUGUAGACGUGUGAUUUUCUGAGCAGAAUCCAUUUUGUAAGGGUUUGUAACUGUGGCAGUUGGAAAUGUAAAGCUUUUUCUACGUCAUGGCAAGCUUAUAUCCACACAAGAUACAGUAUAUGAAAACUUUGGUUGUGUAUUUGAUUAUUUUCCUUUAUCUUCCGUUAUCACAAACAAUCUUGCUGUGGGUAUACAGUGCCUUCAGAAAGUAUUCAUACCACUUGACUUAUUCCACAUUUUGUGUUACAGCCUGAAUUCAAAAUGGAUUAAAUUGGUUUAUUUUCUCACCAAUCUACACACACUAGCCCAUAAUGACAAACUGAAAACAUGGUUUAGAAAUGUUUGCAAAUGGAUUGAAAAUGAAAUACAGAUAUCUAAUUAAUAAGUAUUCACACCCCUGAGUCAUUACAUGUUACAUUACAUGUCUUUCUGGAUUAAUCUCUCUCUAAGAGCUUUACACACCUGGGUUGUACAAUAUUUGCACAUUAUAAUUUUAAAAAAAUCUUCAAGCACUGUCAAGUUGGUUGAUCAUUGUUAGACAGCCAUUAUCAAUUCUUGCCAUAGAUUUUGAAUCCGAUUUAAGUCAACUGUUACUAGGCCACUCGGGGACAUUCAAUAUCAUCUUGGUAAGCAACCCCAGUGUAUAUUUGGCCUUGUAUUUUAGGUUAUUGUCAUGUUGAAAGGUGAAUUUGUCUCCCAGCAUCUGUUGGAAAGUAGACUCAACCAG